AUGCGAUGGCACGAUCGGGAGUUGAUUGGCGAUCGAGUGAGGAAGGAGGUGGAACAGGAGCUCGGGAGAGGCCCUGUGGUCUACCAGCUGGUGGGGCAAGAUUCCUUUGAGAAGGCGAUUCAUCACGGCCAGUCAGCUGCAAAGGGCAAGGGCAAAGGUCGAAAAGGGAUUUUCUCGACGAGUACGCACUUCCUGGUUUUCCCUCGAGCAGGGGCUGCCCCUGACGUGCAGGUGCCUCACCAAAUGAAGCGACGUGUGACAGUGGUCAAGGACUAUGCUGACCCGCAGCCCUUGUCCUCUACCAGCAUCCGUGCCCUGGCCGAGUCCUCUUCCUUGCAAGACAAAGUCCAUCCUAAGCUUCUAGACCAAGUGCUGGACACCUACACGCGCCGGAGGCGCUUCCUUCUGCUCCUCCUGGGCCCUCCUGGUUCUGGGAAGACUUCUUUGGGGCGCGAGUUGGAAGCUGCCUGCGGUUUCUACCACAUCUCUGGAGGAGAUGUCUAUAGAGCUGCUCAAAGCCGUGCCUCAGAGGGGUACAAGAGUGAACAUCGCAAACAGAUUGUGGCCAAGGUGAUGGCCGCCAUUGUGCGAGCCACCCGGCUGCUGGGCGAUGCGCCGGCGGCCAGAGGUGUCCUUCGACGGCUUCCUUCCCGAGGAUUUGCCGGACUUUCAGGCGAAGGUGGGAGUCCCUGGCCUGAUCAUCAAGCUCAGUUGCUCUGA